ACUGCCUUACAGAAACUUAUAUAACAAAAUAUAAUUAGGAGGGAAUAAAUCAAGAAUUACAUAAGCAACGUUAAGAAGCCAAAAAAAAAAAAAAGAAAAAAAAACCACUUACUAAUCACUAUACAAAAAAAAAAAAAGAAAAAAAAAAGAGAACGAACAGAGACCAUUAGUCACGAGCGAAAUUCUUCAUUUGAAUCAAGCCCGGCAUUUGCGCCUUAUCUACUGAUGAUAGCGUUUUUGGUCCAGUCUGUAAUAAGCGUGCAAGCUUGUUAUCAUAAUGUAGUGACGAAUGUUUGCGAAAUUGAUUUUAAUUCCUAAUUCAAAUUUAAAUUUUUAUAUGCUUGUACUCAUGGACUGAAUUUUCACUGUACAUUAAUCUUAAUUUUUAAUGGAGUAUUUCGUAUUGUUAUGUAUUUGGAAAGAUUGCUUGAGUUGCGUUGUGCAAUUUAUGUGCAAAACAUCCCAUAAAAAAUGUAAACAAACGUUUAAAGAGUGCAAAAUAGCGAAAACAUUGAAACAAUCAUAAUUACGGAUUUUCAUGCAACAUGUUUGUGUGACGCUAUAUGCCACGAACACAUGUACAAGAUGGAAUAAUCUAUUGAAUACUUAUGUGUACUUGUGCGUACGUUUUUAUAAUAUACAAUGUCUUUGGGGUUGUUCAUGCUGACCAUUCGUGAUUUACUGCUCAAAUUGAAGGAGGUCGCGAGAAUGACUCUCGCAUUGCACCCAUCACCAAGAAUCACGCUUCAAAGUCUCAAAUCAAACUCGGAAUCGUUCCAGACACAUUUUUCAUUGUAUGUGUGUUUAUCUAUUUGUUAAUUGCUAAAGUAAACAUACUCUGGUCGCAAAAACUGAAAAUCAAACUAAGAAAUGUUGCAAAAACAUUCAAAGUUGAUCCACGUGGACUGAUAUUCGGUAAAAAGAUACGCCCACAGUACAUUCUAAUUUAUUUUGGUAUUUUUACUCAUUAGAUGAAAACUACAACAGAUACACGAUACAAAUUAUCAGUUUUUUUCUACAAAAUUGACAGAAAUCUGUCACGCGCAUCUGGCUUUAGAGUUUUUCUUUAGAUUAUUUUGCGAUCCCGCCCGAAUAUAAUUUUCUUAUUUGUUAAUACUAUUGACCUUUCUAUACAUUCCAAAACAGUGAAAAUAAUAGGCUUCAUUUAGGCUGCUACUUUAAAUAUAUCAUUUCCAAUAUUGAUAUAUUGAUAUAAUUAUUGCAAGUUUAAGAAGCAGAAAAAAGAAUAAAUGUUGAAUAUGUAGAAUUUGUUUUUUUUUUUUUGCUUAAGCCCUAAAGUCAUGCUGCAUUUAUGGAGCAAAAGAUUUUAGAUUGAUGUGAAGUGACGUAAUAGAUUCGAUAGUUUUGCUCAAAAAAUGAUAUAUAGAAACAAAGGCCAAUUUAAUACAUUUAGCUUUUCGCAUUCUAGUUACCAAACUCCUUUAUUUGAUACCCAUAUGGGCGGUAUUUUUAAGAAAAAAUCUAUCCACCAUCUCGUGACGUCUACCGCAAUGAAUUUCGAAUUGACACACUUACCUUGUCGCCUUCUACUCUCCAAGCACUUAUAUUUGAUACCCAUAUCAACGGUAUUGUAAAGAAAAAAUUAAUUAAAUAGGUCGUGACGCUCGUAAUAACUAAUUUAGAGCCAACACACUUACCUUGUCGCCUUCUACUCUUCAAGUCCUUUCAUUUGAUAUCCAUAUCGUUGGUGUUAUUAAGAAAAACUCAAUCUACCAGAUUGUGGGUGUCCAUCAUAUGUGUUAUAGAAUUAACGCAUUUUUAGGCAGAUAAUAUAUAUUCAUUUGAGCAGUGCACAUAGCAGUUUUAAGCAUUCUGCCCUGUUUACCUUAUGACUAUUAAUAAGCAUAAAACCUGAAAAGCUUGAAAAAAAAAAAAAAAGAAAAUUUAAUCAUAUGUAUGGGCAUGGCCGAUUUUACCCAUUUUUGCUUACGGAUAGUAGAGUUCUUCGUAAAGUAAAUGUAAAAAAAUGUCAACCUUAAUGAGCAAAAAACCGUAAAUUUUUAUUAAAAAAAAAACCGAAUUGCAUUCAGUUUACUUUCCAUUGUCGGCUUGUGCUCUAAUCAAUUUGCCUCAUUUUCAAUAUCAAUCUGUGUGUAAAAAUUUCCAAGGCUUCCAAUGCCAAAUUUAAUUUUUGCGGCCGGGAGAAUGUUUACAACAGAUAUUACACAGACGGAUAGACGGACAGACGGAUAUGUUUAAAUCGAUUCAGAGUUUGAUGCUGAUCAAGAUUAUAUAUACUAUGUGCGAUCUCUGAAGCCUUCUUUUCCGCCCUGCAAGCAUUUUGAACGAAAUGAAUAUACCGGUCAUCCGGUGCCCACCGGUGAUGGGUGGGAGAAAUUGCUUGACAUGCAAUAGGCAUAUGUCGUAACGCUGAAGGUAGAUUAUUGUCAUUCUUACAGGCAGACGGUGAACGUAUCUGUCUGAUCAUAUAUUGAUAACAAUAUGAGGUCCAAAAAAAAAAAAAAAAAGGAAAAAGAAUCUAUGAACAGACGUAUUUCUGUGAAGAAUCGUCGCGUCAUUGCUUCAAUUGAUAGACUUACGUAUAUGAGUAAAUCUCUUUUAGGAAUUCAUAAUAUUGAGGAUAAAAUUGGUUUCUCAUUUCGUUUAAUUAACUCACACGCAUGUACAGUAAGUAACAUUUGAUAUCGUUUUUUACAUUUGUUCGUACUAUGUCCCCUUGAUAAACUACUCGCGUUUGAUUCGCGUUUUUAAUUAAAUUGAAUUUAUACUACCUUGCUGGUAUAUAAAUAUGUAAGCAACUGAUACAUUGAUUGCCUCGGAUAAUGAAUGAAUGAAUGGUUUUGGGGUCAGCCAUGGAUUGUGCGUCUGAACAAGAUGGUAUGCACGUUAAUCGACGAUUGAUGUAAAUGAAGAAAAUUAAUUAUUGUCGAAAACGACGGGAAAUUUGACUUUUGAGCUAAACAUAAAUAACAACAUUUCCUUACAUUGAUUUAAUUGAUUAUGUACAUAUCUAUGUAUGCAUGCGUUGAACGUAGUUUAAGAAUAAAUAAUCAUUGAGAGAAAAAUUUGAGAAUUUGAGAGUUUGUGGCAAACGGGGCAAACGACACAAGGCAAGGUAACAUUUUUCAUAAACUGAAAGCGGUAAAACGAGCAAAAUGGCUGAAUAUCACGAGUACACGGAUCAGUACAGGGUUCCGAUGAUAGCAAAACUGCUUCAUGCGCUGCCUCAUUACAAUAUAACAUUUCAUAAGAUAAACAGUACUUUUCGGCCGAACGAUGAAAUUUACUUAGAGAGCUUGGGCAUUCUUGGGUCGGUGCCCGCAGCUUUACUCAUUAUAUCAUUAUUGGGUCUAUUGCUUUAUUUGAUGACGCGGUGCUGCGAUCGUAAGCCUAGGCCAGCACAUUCCAUAACCAGCCUGAAAGUGGCAUUGUCCAUUGUUACAGUGAUGUGUUGCGCUGCUAUUGGUUUAGGUCUAUACGGCAACGAUGACUUACAUAAUGGCUUAUUAGAGGUGUUGACUGCUGGGCGCAAAGUUGAUACACUAGUGACUACAAUACGCAAUCAAACUCAUAUUUUGGAAAACACUUUGAAAAACCGUAUCAGGCCACAGCUGGUAGAAUUGGCUGAUAUAUUUGAUCAGCCCGUGUCAAAUCAAUCUGCUCUUUCCAUUUUGUUUGUGUCGCUGAAUAUAGUGCAAGGUAAUGUGACGUUGGCAACGAACGCUGCCAGUGAUAUACGCAGACCAUUAACAAGUGUAACAAUGACGAAAUUUUUAUCGGAUGGGGACAAAAUGGAAUUAAUACGUUGGCCUGGCACCGUGGCUACGCUUGCCUUAUUAUUGGUUCUUUGCGCUGUUUUAUUAGUGGGCGUCGCCAGGCAUUCACGUUGCGCAUUGAUUUUAUUUAGCGUAUGCGGUUUGUUGGCUGUGACCGGUUCUUGGCUAAUGUCGGGCUUAUAUCUUUCAUCAUCUGUGGCAGUGGGCGAUCUCUGCAUAAAUCCAGCCGACUUUUUAGUGUCAAUGUCUCCACGCGACUUACCAACAAACGUUUUAUUGCAUUACACUCAAUGUGAACCGGGGCAUACCAACCCAUUUACUCAGCGCUUACGUGAAUCGCAAAAUUCGCUUAACAAUGCUCGAAGCGCAAUGGCCACUGUCAUGAAAAUAUCAUUGGUACUUUUUAAGUCGUCGGGUCUGCAACCAAAAUUAGGAGCAGUCAAUGCCGAUUUAAAUAGCAGUGAACGAUUGCUUACCCAACUAACAGCUUUGGUCGAUUGUAAAGCUGUACACCAUAGCUUUUUAGCCGCUGCCCGAGGCUUGUGCGAAGGAGGUUUAUUGGGCUUAGUCUUGAUGCUUGUCGCCAGUUUUGUAGCAGCCAUUUUGCUCACCAUAAUGGUAUGGGUAGAUUCGCAUACUUGGAUUUAUAUACGCAAACGCAAUGAUUAUGCUCAAGUCGAUGAACCAUCGUACAUUUCACAUCCAGCUCCACAAAACCAUCAACAAGUGAUGAAUGCUUCCCGAACUUUGCCUCGCAAUCAUAACGGGCAUUUUAGUCCACCCGUAAUUAGUGGUUCACACACUUUGCAGCACCCGUCGAAGCGACAACAGCAUGAGAUGAUGUCUCAUGCACAUAUGCAGCAAAAUAUAAGGGCUAUGGGCACGCAUACGCUUGGUCGUUUGCCGUCGCACAAUCAUAGCCCCACCCAACUAACAGGCCCAAAUAACGCCUGUAGCGAUACCAAUAGCCGGAGUCAGCAUGGAGCAGCUCAUCAGCAGCAACAACAUCCAAUUCAAUCAUCUCAACAGCCAAUUUACUGCCACUAUCCUCAUCCACAUACACACGCUGCCGGAGUACAACAUCAGCAUGCGAUUUAUCAUCAACAGCAACAGUCGCAGUAUGGCAACUAUUCAACUGCAGUGCAUCCUCAACAGCAGCAACAUUUAUCUGUUGCGGGACAACAAAAUUCCAUUUAUCAACAGAUAGCACCGCCGCACACAGCUCAAUUAACACAAAACGGAAGUCAUCUCACUAAUCAACAUUCCAUAUAUCAACCUUUGGUAGCCGUUAGUCAAGGCUCCAUUUAUGUUUCAAAUUUGGCCACUAUGCGGCGGCAAAAUACUCAGCAAAACGCUGCCAAUUCUCAAAUUUCGACACAACUUCAGCAUCCGCAACAGCAAUCAAGUGGAAUACAACCAACAUCCCAUCAUCAACAUCAAAUAAAAUCGCCACAAGAGAGUCAUAAUAUUUCAAGGUCAGACAGCAUUGAUAACGCGUUAUAUGAUCGAGAAAAAGGCGUUUACAAAUGUUCCACUCUACGGCAGGGAGGAAAAUUUGAUCCCAAAUAUAAGCCAUCGAUUUUAAACUGCCCCUUACCGGAAAUUCCGAAGGACGCCGAACCUCCAACUGUUGAAUCCAUAUAUCAUCAACAACAGAAAAAUUAUUCCAAAACCUUGCAGCGGCCUACAAUGAAACUGACACCACAGAUGAAAGCAAUACCCCCACCUAAAGUUCUAACACCCACCUCACCUCCUUUAGUCGAGAACUCGGUUAAUGCUGUAGCAGUUGUGUGUAAAAAUCAAAAUCAAUCAAACUCGUUACAUAUUAGAGGUAAUAUGGCCGCGAAUAUUGCUGCUGCUAAUGAUGCAAAACAAUCGCCAAGUAACGAGUCUGGAUUGCCUCCCCCACCGCCGAUCGAGCCAGAAAUCGGAUCGCCGUCAUCAAAAAUGAUACCGACCAGCAAUAUUAAUAACAAUAAUAACAACAACAAUAAUAAUAACAAUAAUAAUAAUAAUAAUAACAAUAAUGGUAGCUCUGACAGCAUGCCUAACGGUCACACUGCCAAUCAUACAAUAAAUGAUGAUGAUGAAUUGCCACCACCACCUCCGCCGCCGGCCAUCAAUGAUGAAUCCAAUUAUGCAGUAACUGAACUUUAAAAAUAAGGUAAAUUCUUCCAUAAAAUCAAUAUAAUUGAAUGGCAAUUCAUUUAAUGCAAUUAAGUUUAGAAGUUUAGAUUAAUACGCUAAUUAGAUUACACGACCGAUCUUAUUGAAAUUCAUAGAUGACUUUAUUAUUAGGCGACAGGAUGAGAGAAAUUUCGCGCUACAGGACUGUCUAUUACUACUAUACAUACAAUGAUGAAUACACAAGAUAUGGAAGAAUGAAUACAAUAAUGAAAAAGGAAAUGCUAUUUCCGAUUAAAGAGUAUCCGAUCUGGACAAGAUGAAAACAACGAAUUUUAACAUCCAGUAUCACCUAUACGCAUACUCAUACGCACAUACAAGCAUAUUUCAUUCUGUUAAAUGUUAAGAGAUAUUCUAAGGACAGGAAUGAGUGAAAAGAAAGAACUUUUAAGUAAAGUAAAUUAUUUGCCUCUAAAUUCCUAAGAUUUAAGAAGCAAACAGCAGAGUGAAAAAGAGAAUCUCAAAUUUAAAUACCAUUUAACUUAAAGUAGAAAAUGGUUAAA